AUGAAAACCGUCGAGGAGGCUCUAAAGGAGCAUGCCGCCCAUGGCGAAAAAGGCCACAGUGACAAGAGCAAAAAACACAAGCACAAGGAAGGAGAUUCCAAAUCCUUUGGUCACAAGCACCACGAAGACCACCACAAAGCAUACGAAGGUAAAGAAGGACAUAAGGAGGCCAAAGGAGAGUCUUCAGGACAUGGAAAAGGACAUGGCCACGGGGAUAAAGGGUCCCAUAGCGCGCCUGUCAAAAAAAUUGUCUCGACUACCGUUUUGAAACCGGCGUCUACGGGAAUGAAUUCUCCAGCCGUUGCUGAAUUAGAUGAUAAAGUUUCAAAAAGUCCCGUCAAACAAGGGCUUGCCAUCAAUAUCGAGGUUCAGCCUCUGGAACAACAUCAUCAGCAACAACAAUACCUACAAAAACAACAACAACAGCAACAACAAGAACUACAGAAACAACAACAGAAUAAUCCUCAUUUCAAUAAGCAGCACCUCGAAAACUUGCAGAAGCUUCAGUUACAACAAUUGCUGCUACAGCAGCAACAACAACAGCUUCUCCAGCAACAACAGCAGGCAGAACACGAGAGGUUAUUGCAAGCUCAAUCACUCAGUGGAGACCUCCAAGCUCAGUCAGCUCAAGAGGUCCCUGUUCCUGUUAUAAUCUACCAGCCUGGUAGCUCUGGUAUAUCCACUGCGUUUUCUACCACUCAAGCCUCGGUACCAAAUGAAUCUUCAACAUCUUCCAUCUUUUACUUUACCGACACAGCCAUGCCACAGAACAAUGAAGUCGAUACCAAGAGUCGCAUUAGGAAUGCUCCGACUCCCGAGCCUAUUAAAAUCAUGCAUUUGCCGUUGCUUACAGGUUUAAAGCAAACCGACGAGCGGCAGUCAGUAGUUUCAUAUGCUUCGUUUGAAAAAAGUACAGCACAACCUGCGAACGUGGUCGUCCCUCAUGAUCGAAUUUCCGAUCAAAAUCCGAACAUUGUUCAUCGUCAGGUGGUUAGCCAUCCUGAAAAGCUAACUUCUGUAAAAGAAGACUUUAUUGUGCAGCAGAGCUCGAACGUGUUAGCACACCCCGCUCGUAGCCAUGAACUAAGUGAAGAUGAGCUGCUUCUGCACUUAAUAGGUCCAGAUUUUGGAGGUUUUGGCCAAAAACUAAGAAGGAAUUCCCACGUCCAAGCGGAUGCACAAGAAGUCGUUCAAAAUGCUGGAGGUCUAUCGAGCCCGGUUCCAACCCCAUCGGCGAUUCGGUCAUUCAACCAAACUAUACGUCCAAAUAUCACCGUGUUUCAUCAAGAACUUGACGCAGAACUACCCCAGCAGGCAUUAGAUAAAGCAUUGAUUCAAACAAGUGUAGUAACAGCUCCUCUUCCUGAAAAUGGUCAAGAAAAUCACAAUGCCGGUGAACCAAAAGACUCAACUCUACUGAAUAUUGAAAAGGUAUCUAAUACUGAGGCUCCUAACCUGGGCAACGAUCCGGGAGUUACUCAAGCCCUCUUUGUAAAAACACCAUCUGGAGGUGGAACGUCAUCCACUAAUAAGUCAAUUACUGUUUCAUUGAAUGCUAAGACUCUUAAUGAUCAAACGGACACCCAAGAUAAAUUAAACGCUGCAGCUGAUGCAUUGGCGAAGGCAAAUGAUAGAAGGGUUCAACAAAAUUUGAAUGCAAUCGUUUUUUCUGGACCAUCAAGUUUAGAGGAGCCGACGCAUUAUCAACAAUCGUCUGAUACGCGACCGCCAUACUUGGUCCAGCGCCAACAGUCCGUUGAUAAUCAGCAACAACCGGCUGUCCACCAAUAUCGUCCUAAAAUACAUCAACAACCAAAAGUCGUGCAACAACAAUCCUCGGUUACACAUCAGCUGCCAGCGGCUGCUGACGAACAUGCAUCAAAUGUUCCGGAAGAGCCAACUCUUUAUGAUCAUCAGCAAUUGAAUGCUCAACAACCUCAUGCCCGACAGCCUCAUGCUCAACAAAAUAUGCCUAUACACCCCUCACCUACUCAAUACGCCUCGGAUUCUCCACAAGGAGGAUUUGAACAACAAUCCCAGAUUGUACAAAACCAAUCACUCGAUAAUAGCCAGAAAACAAGUUCCCUUAGAAAUCAACCUUCUCAAAAACCAGUGAUCAUAUCUGUGCUUGAAAAUAGUAUUGGUGGAGGCGAUUACUCUGCCAACCAGCAUAUUCAACCUGAAAUAGUGUACCAACCAGUUCAAGCCCCCGUUACUCCUACACAAGCUCCAAUUUCUGUAGGCCAUGAACAACUUCAGCCAGUCGCAAGUUCAGAGCAACCUCAGCCUCAUGAUGUUCAUCCAGCAGCUCAAACCGUUUCUGGUCAUGAACAACUUCAACCUAAUGUUGGUCAUUCAGUUCAGAAUAAAAUACCGGCUCAUAUUCAGGAUAAAAUUGAAAGUGAUAAUUCUGGCAUUGAAGUUAGGGCUAAAGGUGAAAGCCCACAGGCCCUCGGUCCCGUACUGAAGAAAGAAAAAAGUCAACAAGUCUCACUUGUCGUAGGGUCUGAAGAAAUAAAACCAGCCUCUUCCGAUGGACAUGGCCAUCCUCACGGGGGAAAAGACUACCACGAAUCCUCAGGCGCCCAGAAAAAGCUAUACAAAGAAGAAGGAACUGAAGCCAGUAAAGGAGGGAAAGAGAAGGAAGGCUUCAAGAAAGAACAGCACAAAGCGCACGACAAGAAGCACCACAAGAAAUUCAUCGACAAAGGCGGCAAGAAACAUCACGAAAAAGAGCACCAGGAGUCCUAUAAAGGCCACUUUAAGAAAGGAAAAAAGGGAAAGAAAGGGCAUAAAAAAGGCUCGAAGAAAACAUUCAAGAAAGGACAUCAUGAUAAGGGUUCAAAAACGCAUCACCACACCAAAAUUUACUCCAAAAAGAAAGAUUAUUACGACGAAAAUGACAUGAAAAAACAUUUUCAGUCGCAUGAGAACUUCGACUCGCUCUUUGACAAGCAUAAAAAAGGCUACAAAAAAUCCGGUGGCUUCUCUGGCGAGAAGCAUCACAAAUCGUUUGGUGAUUCGAAGCACCACGGCACCAAAAAGUCUCGCACUCACCACAACAAACACAAAAAAGGUCACGGAAAGAAGAACAUCUUCGACAAUUUUCACGAUUUCGACCACAAGAAAAUUCAUCACUCGAGUAACCACAGUCCCAAGUCAUCACACGACUACUUCAGUGAUGGUUUUCAUCAUGAAUCUGGCGGUCAUCACAACCAUCAUCACGGCUUCACUGACUUGGGUUCUCAUCAUCACAAGUUCAGCGGCAGCAAUAAUGUUGAGAACAUCAUUAAAAAAAUGAGUGGGUGAUUAAAUAUCUUAUCACUUGACAUAAAAAAUGUUGCAAUAGUGAUGACAAUUCGCUAAACAGACGAUCAUUUAAUCUAUUUUCACAGAUAAUCACCAUGAUUUGUGCUUGAAGUGAAUGAAGUGAUGAAGAAAAUGGCGAGAGUGUGAAUUUCACCGCAUAAAAUUCAUUUACGAAAGAUCGAAUAACGAUUAUUAUAUCAGAGUGUGAUGAAGCCGAUGUUAGUGGUUCAACGUCACCACUGUAAAAGGAACCCGAAUUCUUCAACAUUUUCAAAUUUCGAGUUUUUCGUAUACCGAUCCGACGACAUACUUACGAUACGAUAAUUAUUAAAUAUAUUACGUUAUUACACCGAUUAAUUAAAGAGAAACGAAUUGCGACGAAACUUUAAUAAUUUCUUCAAUUACUCAAGUCGUGGAUAUUUGCCGCCAUUGCUGAACGUAAUUUUGCUCUGUUGUUCUAUUCCUGACAUAGUAAAUUUUUUGGGGUAUUUAGUAAGGCUUGUGCAGAAUUAUCAAUUACUUUCAUUUUACACAUUUUGAAUUACAUGCUUACUUCCUUGUUAGCAAUUCUAAGUUAGGACUUAUUAAAAUUUUGAACGUUGUGACCACUUUUUUGAUUGAUGAAAAUUUUUGAAAGCUAAGAUCUACAUGAAAAAGCGCCCACAUUUGAUCUAAUUACACACGUCCGAUUAACUUAGUAAUUGUUAAGAACUUUGUUAAAUAAAUUCUCUAUUUCUAUUCGAUAUCUUAGUUUUUGCGACACCUAUAGGCGCCGUUCUGGAAUUCUUUGUCUCAUCGUGCUAUUAAUAAUUAAAAUGGCGUCUUAAUUCUUCU